AUGUUUGUGAAAAAGUUCAAAACAAAUAAAGUGAAAAAAAAUCCUGCAUCACAAUCCAAAGAACAAGACUUCAUUGUGCAGCAAAUGGAAGACUAUGGUUCAGAUGAGAAUAAACUAGAUGUAGGCACAAUUUGUAAAAAGCUAAAAGGUGCCAUAAAAGAAGAAUCUAUUAAAGAAUAUAAAAAUUUUCUUCACUUGCUACAAUUGGUAGAAGAUAAAACGUCGAUUAGAGAAUAUAUAUGCGAACAUGAUAUUGAUUUGUUAUGUUUGAUAAGCAGAGGCUCAAAUAUGGAAAUGCUUGAAUAUCUAAUUGAACAAACAGAACUAUUGCCUUACCUUUUUACGCACCCUGAUGAGGUCAAAAGACAUUCUAGUAUCAAAAUGACGUGCUUCAAUUGUAUGUGCAAUGGUAAUAUUGGAAUGUUGGAAAAACUGUAUGACCUGUGGGUGGGGAACCUACAUUGGGUUAUAAAUAAGGCUAAUGAAGUUGAUCUUGAAAAUUUAAAGUUCCUCGGGGAAGUAAUUAAUGCAGCAUAUAUUGAAUAUAAGGAGUAUGUGAACAAAGAACGGUUUGAGUUUGACCCAAACAUUUUUGUUGGCAGCCUUUGCGUUAUUACCUUCAAUGAAUUUCAAAUUGAAUUGUAUAAAAAUUUUAUCAAGGAAAAGACUGAUUUUAAAAAUUUACAGAAGGAUAUGGUAUCAACUCCUGACUCAAGUAGCAGACUUAGAGAGAUAGAAAUUAUUAUACAGUUUAUUGAGAGUUGUGUUGAUCUGCAUAGUAAAUAUUGUCAUAAAACCCUUAAUAAAAGAUUUCCAGAACUCUCUAUACUUGACCAAAAUGAUUACACUGUAUAUAGGACAGCUCAAAAAUUCUUUAUGUUCAGAAAUCUGUUCUGGAAGACAGAUUAUAAUGUGUCCUUGCUCAUUUUAGACAAUUUGUACCUCUUGAAGGAGAGGCUGAAGUUGUCAGGGAAAAUUUAUCAAGAAUUAGAAUCAAAACUCUAUUAUUUUAUAUACAAUUGUAAAAGUAAAUGGUCUUUUUUUCUGUCGCAUACUGAAGUAGCUGAAGUAGGAGAGAUAGUAGCUGAAAAUAAUGGCAUUUUACAUGUUUUAAACACUUCUUUUGAUUUCGAUAUGGGCGCACUGUGGACUUUUCUUAUUCUUUAUUUGGAAAGGGAAAGAUUUCUAAAAAUUCUCAGCAGCUUUAAAGAACAGAUUAGAAAGGAGUUCCAGGAAAAAAAUGUGAGAUUGAAUAGAACAGAAAUGACACACGAUGAACAACAGUCAUUGCUGCCUUAUCCCGAGUUGCGCGACGAUUUUUCUUUGAGAAAAAUUUAUCAAUGUCUUCAAGAACUGCCGCAAGCGAAGGAAACAAAAGUAAAUCCUGAACGAUCUUUUUUGAUUAUUGAAAGAAUUUUACAAGUCGUCGGGGAAUUUAUCAAAAGUUCAAAAGAAAGUCAGCAUCUAGAGGAUACAACUCAAGCUUUAAUACUAUCGGAAAUACCUAUUGAUUUACUGAAAUCCCUUAAACUGAUCAGACUUUACUUAAGCAAAUCUGAUAGUUGCCAGGUUUUAUGGAGGAUGGAGGUUUUGAAACACGGGGCUCACAUAUUUGAAAAGGUCCUGCUAGAUCUGCUACAAUUUAAAGAUGUUAUUAAGAGAGUUAUAAACAUUAACAGGUAUCUUGUUAAUCGAUCUCUUAUCAAUUGUUGCUAUGACGUGAUUCAUGAUAGAAAAGAGAAAAUCAAAGCGGAUAUUGCGCAUCUAAUGGAUAACAUAACAUUCGAUGUUUGUGCGUUGGGUAUCGGUGAAGUGUUACGAGCGCCGACCGAAUUUGAUGGGAAUAUUUUUCUCCAGAUUAUGUAUAAAUCACAUUGGAAACCCAAAGGCGUUAGCCAAGAUCUCAUGAUGGAAGUCGCUCAAAUCAGAUAUGAUCAGACGAUGCUUUUGAAGAAGAAACAUCACGAAAUGCAGCGCAUUCAAAAAUUUAUCAAAAGUAAUUAUUCCCAUUACAAAAGGAAAAUUAAGUCACUCGUUGAGGGAAUAGAAGCUCAUAAAACCAGGUGGGCCAUCCUAAAGAAUGAAUAUUUAAAGUACAACAAUACUAUAGUAUUGCCCGAUUUUCCCAGUGAGGAUGGCAUUAAUAUUGUACAGACAAAUUUGAAGUUUGUAAACGACAACGACAAAUUAAAACAUUUGUCUGACUUGUUAAGUAGUAUAGUUGACAUUAAUCCACUAUGGGAAGUGAUUGUAAAGCUUUUGAAUUUUUUAACUGUGAAAAGUAAGGUGUUUGAUGACGUGUUAGCUGAAUUAAAAAUGAGCAUGAUAAGUGGAGCUUAUAAGCAACUAUGUCGUCACGGAUAUGAGAGUGAUUCUAUCUCGGAUGAUGUUAACCAUUUGUUUGCCGUAUUAGAAAAUACACAGUUGGUGGAAAUUAAACCUUUAGUAUAUGAUGAAUACAAAUAUGAAGGAAUUAAGGAAUUGGAAAAGAUUCUAUUUACAAAGAGUUUUAUAACUGGAGAUGAAAUGGAUUACAUCAUAAAAAAUAUACCUGAUAGCAUGAGUCACAAAGUACCAAAAAGUUUUCUUACCUCGAAUUUGCUUUUAAGAAUGGAUAAUCAUAUUAAAGCGUUGAUAGAUAUAGGACCUUUUGAUAAAAUAUCAGAAAACAUAAUUCAAAGUAUAAAUGUAAAGAAUAGAAAUCCCGAUUUACUAAAAUGUUAUACAAAGAGGUUAGAAUCACUUUCGAGUCUCUUGAAUGGCCAACCGAAAAAUUUGUUAAUACUGAGAUAUAAACUUAUCGGACAGUUUAGAAUUUUCUUACAAAUGCUUUUGAUAGAUUUAUUUAACAUAAUGAAUAUGUGCAAUAUGGACGAAAGUUUGAAGAAAGGUGGUAAAUCCAUGGCAGAAAUCAAUUUACGACACGUUCUAACACACGGCAACCCUCUAUUGGAAAUCGUCGCCGAUUUCCUCGACGCCAAUGACAUUCCAGAAGAAAUAAUCGGAAAGGCGUUAAAAUACUCUAGGGAUUUGAAAGCGGUGCAGACCCUGUGUGAGUUAAAACAAUCGGAAUUCGACUUCGAUGAUAUUCAUCAUAGUCUUGACAGUUUCAGCGAUGAUAUUGUAAAGAAACGAAUUAAAACAUUGAGAGAGACAGACGAGUGGGAGCGAUAUUUAUUACUUCUGCCUGAUGACAAAAUUCAAAAGAAGAGACAUAAGACAAAGAAAAAAAAUAAACCAAAGCAAGUGAAACAGGAAACGGAAUUAAUUAAGGCGGUAAAAGAAAAAGAAACAAUUGAAAAAAUUUUAGAACUAGUCAAAGGCAGCAACAUAAACGCUGCUGACAAACUUGGUAAAGCUGCGAUUCAUUAUGCGGCGAUACAGGGAGAUGUUAAGAUUCUCCAAGUAUUACAAGAAAAUGGUGCUGAUAUUAAUUUAUCAAAUGAAAAAGAUAACGAUUUUACAGCGCUGCAUUAUGCAGCAAGAAAAAGCUUUAUUGGUGCUAUAGAUUAUCUAUUAGCGUCUAACGCUGCAAUUAAGAAGGAUAAAAACGGUUAUACUUAUAUAGACAUCAUAAAUAGUCAAAGGGCCAAAUCGGAGAUGAGACAAAGAGACUCCACCAAGUAA